CAUACUGGCUACGCUAACACUAGCAUGCUAACUUAAUCGUCUGAGCAGUUUAAAUAAAAGUGUUGAAAUAAGUGUGAACAGAAAGUGUUCGGAAAUGUUUGUUUUGUGCACCUCGUUUCUUGAUUGAAUUUGAAACAUGGCCUCUCUUACAAACACAAUCGAGACCAAACGUUUUGUUAGCUUGUUAGCAGGAGAGUCGAAGCCACGUUGCUAUGAAUAAAGUUUUAACACUGCUGGCAGGCGUACUAAUUGAUUUCUAUUAAGAUAUCACCGCUUUCGGUCGGUGUGGACGAACUAAUCAUGAAAGGAGAGACACAUGGGACAGUGAUCCAAUAGAUGGCUUUACUCUUUUCACCAAGGUUGGACGUUCUGUGGCUAACUGGUAACCUGGAUUUUCUGAUAGAAGACUUUGCAGACUGCCAUCUCAACUUCUCCUGCAGAAGUAAAGGAAACUGUAGCAAGUUAAUUGCAGACAUUUACAGAGCGCUGUCCAUAUUGAAGAAAAUAAUUAUCUUUGGAGCUAGUAUUAAGCCUUAACAAGGACAUCUGAAGACUUACGUCGUCAAAAGAAUAAAUCAUAAGAAUAGUCUGAGAGGUGACCGAGCAGGUCAUAUUUUGGGACUUGCUAUUUUGAAUGUAUAAACAUAGCACUUGGAUUUAACAAGCCAAGAUACCCGAAGAACACAGAAAAAAUUCUGGUCUGGAUAGUCAUUACAGCAAGGAUGAGAGCACUCUGACAAACUUUAAAAGACGAUAGGAGAUUCUUUUGGUCACUUUUGAUUUAUUUAUUCAUAUGAAUGUUAAUUUCUCCCUUUUUUGGAGAGUUGUCUUGUAUAUAGACAGAAUUCACACGCAGACUUCUUCUUUUCAAGAGGUCUGAACGUCAUAUUGUGUACACAUACAUCCUUUAAAGAGGGACUCUACAAGAAAGUAUUAUUUUUUUUGUCAGCUUUUAAGAUUUAUUUUAUUUUUUCAUACGGGAGCAUUAAGUGAAAAGGAUCAGUGAAAAAGACACAAAUAUAACACAUUCUGAAGGAAAUUGUCAGUUGAACACAUGGCUACAGCAAGAACAGCAAACCCAGCAACAAUGAUUGGAUUGAACAAAGCUGCAAACGGGCAGCUGAGAGGACAGACUAAGUCAGCUGGACAACCCUCAGGACUUCUCGCAACUGCUCAGCAGCCCAGUGCCCCCAAAAAGAUGAACAGCAUUCCUCAGACCAGUGGGGGCAUCAAGUUUGGUGAUGAUUGGAAGAAGUGCCUGGAGCUCCCUCCAAAAGAUAACAGAAUGAAAACUUCGGAUGUGACAUCAACUAAGGGAAAUGAAUUUGAAGACUACUGCCUAAAGCGAGAACUUCUCAUGGGAAUCUUUGAAAUGGGGUGGGAAAAACCCUCCCCUGUCCAGGAGGAAAGCAUCCCCAUCGCUCUGUCAGGCAGAGAUAUUCUGGCUCGGGCUAAGAAUGGCACAGGAAAAAGCGGAGCCUAUCUCAUCCCUCUUCUGGAAAGAAUAGACCUGAAGAAGGAUCACAUCCAGGCCAUGGUAUUGGUGCCAACAAGAGAGUUGGCCCUACAGAUGAGCCAGAUCAGCAUUCAGCUCAGCAAGCAUCUCGGAGGGGUCAAGGUCAUGGCUACCACUGGUGGCACCAACUUGAGGGAUGACAUCAUGCGUCUUGAUGAGACAGUGCAUGUAGUGAUAGCUACACCAGGCAGGAUACUAGACCUGAUGAAGAAGGGUGUGGCAAAAGUCGAUAAAACCCAAAUGUUGGUGAUGGACGAGGCAGAUAAGCUGCUGUCCCAGGACUUUGUGGUCCUUAUUGAAGAUGUUAUCAGCUUCUUGCCAAAGGAACGCCAAAUCCUGCUUUACUCUGCCACUUUCCCCAUAAGUGUGCAAAAAUUCAUGAGCAAACACCUGAAGAAGCCUUAUGAGAUCAACUUGAUGGAGGAACUCACUUUGAAAGGCAUCACUCAGUACUAUGCCUAUGUGACUGAAAGACAGAAGGUCCAUUGUCUCAACACACUCUUUUCAAGGCUUCAGAUCAAUCAGUCAAUCAUCUUCUGUAACUCCACCCAGAGGGUUGAGCUUCUGGCCAAGAAAAUCACCCAGCUGGGCUAUUCAUGCUUCUACAUUCAUGCAAAGAUGAUGCAGGAAUACAGGAACCGUGUGUUCCAUGACUUCAGGAAUGGACUGUGCAGAAACCUGGUCUGCACAGACCUAUUCACUCGAGGAAUUGACAUCCAGGCUGUGAAUGUGGUCAUCAAUUUUGACUUCCCAAAAAGUGCAGAGACCUACCUUCACCGCAUUGGCAGAUCAGGGCGUUUUGGUCACCUUGGUCUUGCCAUCAAUCUAAUAACUUCAGAUGACCGCUACAACCUGAAGAACAUUGAGGAUCUACUGGUUACUGAAAUUAAGCCCAUCCCCAGCAAUAUCGAUAAGAGCCUGUAUGUGGCAGAGUUUCACUCUGUUGACCCAGAUGAUGAUGGCACUGAAGGUGGAACCAAAAGCAAGGGACUGUGAGCGGACUGAAUGAACGGAGAAACAUGGCGCCUGGCAUUCUUCGCACAAUGUUGGCUACACAUCACACAAGAUUCCAAGUGAAGACUUAUGAUUCCAACUUUACCACCAGAAUUGCCUAUUUUACAUUUCUUUUCCGUUCCAGUUUAGGUUUACAGCAAUGUCCAGUUCUGUCUGUGCAUAAUUAUACUAGUAAGCUGAUAUCUUCUCUACUGAAAACUGCCAUUUUAAUCAGUUUACCUUUCUGUCAUGCUGCCAGAGAUGGUCACUGUACAUGUGUUUUGGACUAUUAGUUAAGUGUGUCAUUGAACUGAGCCGCUCUAGACAAUAGAUGAAAAUUGUUAACUUUCUUGUACUUUGCUGUGAGAAUGAAAAUGUGAAACCACAGGUAGAUGUAAAUCAAAGAGCAGUCUGGUGACUCUGACCCUACCAUCCAGUCAUUUGUUCUCUAGUUCUCAUGAGCCUAUCUCCUCUACCCUCAGUUUUCUUUGUCUGAAUACCUUAGAACUUAUAAUGGUUAUUUGUUACUGUCGCCAUCUUGUCCACUUGAACAGGAUGAUGACAGACAGGGCCAUUUGCUGAUUCCCUUGAAUUUUGCCUUCAUACUCCUGGGGUGUGCAAUUUGUAUCACCCAGUGAGAUUUACAUGAACUGUCAUUUCCAUAGUCUGUCAUUUAUAUCCCAUUUCUGACAUUUGGUCUGAACAGCUGAACCAUUUGACCAUUUCUGCAUGUCUUUAUGCAUUAAGUGGUUAAUUAGAUAUUUGCAUUAGCGAGCAGGGGUACCUGAUUGUGUGACCACUUGGUGUAGUUAUUUUUUGAAGCUUUGGCCACAUUAGUCUUGUUUGCCCACCAACCUAAUUGCGGAGAUUUGGGGAUUCAGUUGUGUAUUAAUUCAAUAGGGAACCAAAGUUGUAAGGAAAGGAAAUACAUCAGAGUAUAAAUGGCUUUAGAAAACAACUUGACCUCAAUGUUUAAAAGAGCUGAUAAACAGUGUUACUGACAAUAAGAGUCUGCUUUUUGUAUUUAAAAAGGUUUAACAAAUAAAAUAUUUAAAGAUGACUGUUAUGUCAUUGAUGCUUAUACUGAAGUAUAAAGCACAGAUCCAUUAAAUCAGUAUUAUGAAAUUUCUUUGAUCCCUUUAAAGCCAUAGUAACAGGCAGUAUUUUCUCAGGUCUUUUCUCAGUAAUUAACAAGACGGAACAUCGGGGACUUAUUUAACAUCGUAUUGAAACCGGUCAACUUGUUCAUUCUCUUCUUGACAUAGUUUCUGUGUCCCGCCUUCCCUACAAAGUGCCUUAGUUUAAGGUCAGACUUCUAUACUUCCCAGGCUCUUGUCCCAAGUUUGUAUAGUAGGUAAAAUGGCACAUAAACAUUUCCUCAUUAUUUAAUUCAUUUGGAAAGGACUCUUACAGUCGAAAGGGAUUUGUAGUCUUCCUUAUUUGUCGUUCCAAACUAUAAGUAUGACCAGUGAGGACUGUUCUCGUUGGCUGAGUGCAUUACAGCUGUGGACUUCUUGACUUCAGUGCAAUGUUACAAAAGAUAUUUAUCUAAAAUUUAAAACAAGCUGUGAAUUUUCCUUUCUUUGUACUUUGACUGACCAUUACACUGAGGCCAAGCACCAACAGGGAAGGGACCAUUGUGUGGACUCUUCUAGUACCUGAAGUAGUUAUUAAAACUGAAUGUCUGAUUUGAGUGCUCUUUUUUUUUUGAUGAUUUAUUUCGGUUCCCUAAUUAUUUAGGCCCAGUGCAGGCAACACUUGUGCCAAAACAUGUCAUGUGAUUCACAAAUGAGAACAUUUUCUGCAUGGAUUUGUAACCUGUGAUCAUUUGUCCCAUCUCUGCAUUCUGGUGAAAGAAAAAGCUGUGACUUGAUCAGAUUCUUUGUUUAGUAGAAAGGCAGAUGGCCAAGAAUGUUCUGUUAUGUCCGUCAAUGCCAGCACCUCGGAUGAAUUAAAGUCCAAAUGAAGAAAU